CCACUGUGAGACCAAAGAACGAAGUGGAGCAGAAGCAGCUCUGUGCCUUUGGGGAAUAUGUGGCCGAGAUCCUGCCCAAGUAUAUCCAGCAAGUGCAGGUGACGUGUUUCAACGAGCUGGAGCUCCUGAUCCAUCCUGACGGGAUCGUCCCCGUGCUGACGUUCCUGCGCGACCACACGAACGCGCAGUUCAAGUCCCUGGCUGACCUGACCGCAGUCGAUGUCCCGUCACGGCACUACCGCUUUGAGAUUGUGUACAACCUCCUGUCCCUGCGGUUCAACAGUCGGAUCCGCGUGAAGACGUACACGGACGAGCUGACUCCUGUUGACUCAGCAGUGUCUGUGCACAAGGCAGCCAACUGGUAUGAACGGGAGGUUUGGGACAUGUAUGGUGUUUUCUUUGCCAACCACCCUGACCUAAGGCGAAUCCUCACAGACUAUGGGUUCGAGGGCCAUCCAUUCCGGAAGGAUUUCCCACUCUCUGGUUAUGUGGAGGUGCGAUACGAUGAUGAGGUGAAACGGGUGGUGGCAGAGCCCGUGGAGCUGUCUCAGGAGUUCCGCAAGUUUGAUCUCAACAGUCCCUGGGAGGCAUUUCCUGCCUACCGUGCAGCCCCAGAGCCCCUGAAGAUAGAAGCAGGAGCCAAGAAGGAAGAUGUGAAAUAGCAGCCAAAGGGGGUGGAUGCACAGCACCCUCCUCUGCUCCAGCACAGUAUUUAUGAUAAUAAAGAUCGGUAUGAGA